UUACCUUCUGAAUUGUUGGAGCAAGAUCGAUGGAAGGAGGCCGAAGAGCUGGAGGUGCAAGUGAUGGAGGCGUCUAAGAGGGUGCUUGGCGCAGAGCAUCCACACACGCUGACCAGCAUGAAUAACCUGGCGUCGACGUACUGGAAUCAAGGCCGAUGGAAGGAGGCCGAAGAGCUGGAGGCGCAAAUGAUGGAUACGUCCAAGAGGGUGCUUGGUGCAGAGCAUCCAGGCACGCUGACCAGCAUGGACAAUCUUGCAUUCACGGCAUUCUACAAAUAA